UCGAGUUCGAAUUAUCGAUGUUGUCGGUGUUUAUUGCCAGCCCUACACUUUGCCCUGCCAACAAAUUCGUGGAUUGGAAAUAAUUAUAAUUAAAAACUAUUUUAUAUUUAUAUUUUGUAUUCUAAAUCGUCCAAGACGGUUAACUUACAAGAAAUAACUAUUUUGCUUAAGAGGUUGUCGACAAGUUUACCUUCGUGGCAAGUGAACGGCAACAAUAACUGCAUGGCAAUGGAAUUUUUGUUCGGUUCACGUUCAAGCAAAACGUUUAAACCUAAAAAGAACAUACCAGAGGGCACGCAUCAAUAUGAUCUCAUGAAGCAUGCAGCUGCGACACUUGGCUCAGGAAAUUUACGCAACGCAGUCGCUCUGCCAGAUGGUGAGGAUCUCAACGAAUGGGUGGCCGUCAACACCGUGGAUUUCUUUAAUCAAAUUAAUAUGCUCUAUGGCACUAUUACGGAGUUUUGCACGGAGGAAAGCUGUGGCAUAAUGUCGGCUGGUCCGAAAUACGAAUACCAUUGGGCAGAUGGUUUAACUGUAAAGAAACCUAUCAAAUGCAGCGCACCUAAGUAUAUUGAUUAUCUAAUGACCUGGGUGCAGGAUCAAUUGGACGAUGAGACACUGUUUCCAUCAAAAAUUGGUGUACCAUUUCCAAAGAACUUUCUUGCCUCCGCUAAAACCAUACUGAAGCGGCUGUUCCGCGUCUAUGCGCAUAUCUAUCAUCAGCAUUUCUCCGAGGUGGUGACGCUGGGCGAGGAGGCCCAUUUGAAUACGUCCUUUAAGCAUUUCAUAUUCUUUGUCCAAGAGUUUAACCUGAUUGAGCGACGCGAACUAGCGCCACUGCAAGAGCUCAUCGAUAAGCUCACAGCAAAAGAUGAACGGCAAAUAUAGGAAUCACUGCAAUCGGUGGACAGUGCCACCAGUGUCAAUAGCGGCAAUAGCUUGCAAUUGGACUUGUGAUGGGCGGGCGCAACUGCGCUUUACUCUCAAUUGCGUAUUGUCGCUAUAGAUAUAAAUAUAUAAUACGCUUUAGUUAGUUACCGCCUUUCCGUUUCUCGUUUAUAGCUUUUAAGUUUUGUUCAGUGCUUGAUGUGGUCCCACUAAAACUAUCCCUGAUAGUGUGCUGUUUGCGAACAAUAUGAUGAGCAACAUCUACUAUAUAUAUUUUUAUAUGUGACACGUACUUUUAAGAGAUAUAUAAAGCAUAUUUAUAUUUAUAUACGUAUGUACAUUUAAAAAAGCAAACAAAAUAACAAACAGCACGCAUUGAUACACUAACAAAUCCUGCUUAUAAACAACAUUCUGUUCACAAA